AUGCAAGACAUUGUGUUGUCAUUCCACCACAAGGAUUUCGACAAGUCCAAGUCCCGCCUGGAUCGAGCAAUUAUUGACGGAGAGGCUUGUUGUGGAUGGAGGGGGAGCAGCAGAGGGCAGGAAUCUCUCUCUCGCAUCUCGAUCUCCCUUGUACGCAUUUGGUCGGUUUGCUGGGCUGAAUCCUCGGGAGCAGUUAGGGAAACGCCUCUGUACCUGCUCCGGUCAGUGAUCGAGCUCGAUGUCCGGGCAGCCUAUGGGGCCCGGCCGAGGAAGCCACUGGAACAGCUGCCUAAGGUGUUCAUCCUUUCUGCUCUCUCCAAGUCUCUCGGAACCGUGGCAACCGGUUGGGUUGCAGCUACUUUUAGCUACUUGGACACGCCAUGGCAUGGCUGGCGGAGUCCCGAGCUCAGAUGGAGCUUCGGAUAA